AUGGCGUCAACAACAACAACAACAACAGUACCAGCUACUGAACUUUUCACUAGCCUCACCAUACCCAUCACCUUAGUCCUAACAUGCACUCUUCUCUUUGUCAUCGUCGCAGGAUUCAUUUCUCUCCUCUUCUGGAAAUGUUUUCUAAACCGGUUGUUCUCAGCUUGGACACGUCAGAGAACACCCUACAAUGACCUAAUCCACGUCACCACCCCACCUGAAAACACAGGCCUCGACCCAUUCAUCAUCAAAUCCUACCCUGUCUUCCCCUACUCAUCAGCAAAAAUCAAAAACCAAGUCACCGAAUGUUCCAUCUGCUUGUCAGAGUUUACAGAUCAAGACACCGUUAGGGUCAUAACGGUAUGUCGUCACGGGUUUCAUACAAGUUGCAUUGAUCUUUGGUUUGAGUCACACAAGACUUGUCCCGUUUGUCGGUGUGAGUUAGACCCGGGUCUUGUCGGAUCUGCAAGCCAUGAUGAGUCGGUCAGAAUCACUAUUCAAGACCUAAACCAUGAUGAAGAGACUCUUCCUAGCGCUAGCUCGAGCAAAAGGGUUAUGGAGGGUUCGCCUUGGAGAUUCUCUAGGUCACAUUCUACGGGGCGUUUUAAGGUUAGGAAUGUGAAGAUUAAGAGAAGAUCACAUUGCCAAACAGGAAGCAGUAGUUUCAUGUUUGAUGAAAACCCUGUCCCUGGUAAAAGGGUUAGGGAAAUCUCGGCUUGGAGAUUCACGAGGUCUUAUUCUACAGGGCAGUUCAUGCGUAAGCCGAGGGAGGCUUGUGUUAACUUCAAAGGUAGCUGUGUCUCGUUCGAUGAACUUACUCAGUAUAUUGACCCUGAAAAAUAUAUUAUGGCUUGGUGA